UAUAAUUAACUUUACGCUUAAAUCAUCUGUUUGAAUUCGGGUUGCCAGGUUGUUUUAGAACUUUGAAAUAAUUCGGAAUAGCAAUAUUUUAUGUAGUCAGUACAUCAUGCAUGCUAAGUGGUUGUUAUGAAAAGAAGUUUUUUCUGUACAUUUUGCAGAAAUUUUUCAACGUGAAAUGCAAAAAGCAUUGAGAAUGAAGAGAGAACUGGCAAAAAUGGCAGAAAAUCCCCCAGAGGGUAUUUGCUGCUAUCCGAAGAGUGACAAAAUUGAUGUUUUGGCAGCAAAUAUCUUGGGGCCACUUGGAAGUCCUUACGAGGGUGGAUUAUUCCAACUAGAAAUUGAAAUCCCAGAAAGUUACCCUUUUGAACCACCUAGGCUGAAGUUUUUGACACCUGUUUACCACCCCAACAUAGAUGACGCAGGAAGAAUCUGUAUGGACUUGUUAAAAAUGCCACCCAAAGGAGGCUGGAAACCAACAAUAAGUAUAGAAAAUUUACUGACUGCCGUUCAACUACUACUCAGUUAUCCAAAUCCCGAUGAUCCACUUAUGGCUGAAAUAGCUGAAGAAUAUCGUUUAAACAAAGCAGUGUUUGAGAGAAAGGCUCGCAAAAGUACAGCAGAAAAUGCAAUGGGAAAGAGAAAAAAUGAAUUUUAAAACCCGUACCAGAUUUUUGGUUCAAGUAUGAAUUUUAUUUCGUAAAUUCCAUAGAAUAUAAGAAGCAACAGUAAAUUAACGUUAAUCAGUAGUAUAUAAGCACGUAGCAAUAAGCAGUUAUUUUAAUAGUUACAGAGUAUGUCGAUCAACUUGGGUAACUUAAUGAAGAAUUAAAAUAGCAUAAUUAUAUUACACAGAAUAUUAACCAAUAAUUAUCAGAUCACAUCA